AUGGCUACCCCUAGUGUCCUAGCUUUUGACGCUGAGGGUCGUGCCAUUGACUUUGAGGUCUGGGUCGACGACCUGCAGCUGUUCUUACAGUGCGAUAGGGCAGACGGUCUUUCUCUCUUUGACCUCACCUCUGGCGCCGUCCCUGCCCCUACUGCUGAUGCUGACCCCACUGUUCGCUCCCAGUGGGCCACACGCGAUGCUGCUGCACAUCUUGCUGUGCGUCGCCACCUGCCUACCGCUGAGCGCGCGCACUUUAGUCAGUACGUGAGUGCUCAAACCUUGUACGGCGCUGUAGUUGCGCGCUACUCUUCCCCUGCCACUGCUGCACUGAGCCGCCUCAUGCUACCCUUCCUCUUCCCUGACCUUGCUGCCUUUCCCACAGUCGCUGACCUCAUUACGCACCUCUGCACUAGUGACACCCGCUACCGCGCCGCGCUUCCUGCUGAGGACCACUUCCUCUCGGUCUGUCCCACCACUCUCACUGUCGAACUCUUAGAGAAGGCCCUCCUAGCAGCGGAGAAGAGCAUCGUCGCUGUAGGAGCCUCUCGUGGUGACCCUCGCACCCCCAUCUUUGAGGGGUGUUCUCCUUCCCCUCUCUUGCCCUCUGUCGCCUCUGCCGGUGCGGCCGACCUCGUUGGUCUUGAGUCGGUCGGUGCGGCGUCUGCCCCUAGCGGGAGACGCCGCCCAAGCAAGGGCAAGGGGGGCAAGGGCGCGGGUGGAGCUAGCGGGGGCAGUGGAGGUGGAGGUGGAGGCGGCGGAGGGAGUGGGGGUGGCGGUGGAGGUGGUGGCGGGGGUGGAGGUACUGGUGGCGGCAGUGGAGGUGGAGGCGUCGGAGGCGGCGGCGGUACAGGCGGGGGCGGCGGUGGUGGCGGAGGUGGAGGUGGCGGAGGUGGAGGUGGUGGAGGUGGUCGGAGUGGCGCUUCGCAGCGGAGCAGCACUGGGGGUGGUCAGCGCCAGCAGCAGCAGCGUUCUCGCGACGUCCCCACCCCUCAGCAGCUCUGUGAGUGGUACACCCAGCGUCAGCGUAGUGGGGGUUUUGGUCCCUGCACCUACGUCCUUCGCACCAGCGACCGCGCGGGUGAGCAGUGUGGGGGUGCCCACCCCACCCAGCGCUGCUUUGGCCGCCUAACAGACGCUUGGCGUCAGCAGUUCCCGGAGGCCACUGAGAUCCUCCGCUGGGGAGAGCUGUCUAGGGCAGGCGUAGCUAUCUUUGAUCUUGACUUUGAUGCUAUCCUUGCUGCCAUGUAUGCUGUGACUAUUAGUGAUGAGGGUGACUGUUACCGGUGCUUCCCGCCCGACCCGGGCAUUGGUACUGCUGCUCUAGGUACUGGUGAGUCUGCGCUCUCAGGUACUACGUCGGCUUCGGCCUCCCUCACCUUCACCCUUGACUCUGGGGCGUCUCGCUCCUUCUUUCGGGACCGCACCACACUCACGCCGCUUAGUCGGCCGGUUACGGUGUCCCUGGCUGACCCCUCUGGGGGUCCUGUCGUGUCUCGCUUCUCCACAGUCCUCCCGUGUCCGGCGGCUCCCUCAGGCACCCUGUCUGGUCUCUACCUCCCCUCGUUCUCUACGAACCUGGUGAGUGGUGCUGAUCUACAGGAUGGGAGAGUGCACCAGUUCACUCCUGCGCGUCAGCGGGUGACGCACUGUACAGAGGCUAGCACAGGCCGGCACCUGGCUGCGUUUACCCGUCAGCCGGGGUCAAGCCUGUACACACUGACCACUGCGUCUCCUCCCGUUACUGAGUCUGGUAGAGUCACUUCGUCCGGUCAGGUGUUUGCUGCAGCGUCCAGGUCUGGUCCUGAGUCUGCCCCCUGUUCGUGUCGUCUCCUGUCUCACGAGACUCUCCUCCGGCACCACCGUCUUGGUCACCCCUCUAUGCUUCAGUUCAGGGGCAUGGCCUCCCGUCUUCUUGUGUCUAGUCUCCCCCGGUCCCUCCCACCCCUUCCUCAGGGCCCUGACCCUGCCUGUGUCCCCUAUGUCGAGGGGCGCCAGCGGGCUGCCCCUCACUCCUCCCAGUUUCCUCCGACAGAGGCCCCGUUGCAGACGCUUCACAUGGACGUGUGGGGCCCAGCCCGCGUCCGUGGACAGGGUCACUAG